UUCCAAUAGUUCAUAUAUAAAUACCAUUUAUCUCCAUUUCUUCUUUCACCUCCAAAAUGGAACUCUGGUUUAUCAUCUUAAUCUCACUUUCCAUCUCUGCUCUCUUCAAGUCCAUCUUUAACCUUCUCUUCACUAGCCACAACCAUCGCCUUCCUCCCGGUCCCUUUGCCUUUCCGAUCAUCGGAAACCUCCAAUGGUUCCGCAGGUCAUCCUUCGACAUUGAGCCAAUUCUCCGCUCUCUCCACUCCAAAUUCGGCCCAAUUUUCACUCUUUACAUGGGUUCUCGUCCCGCCAUCUUCAUAGCCGACCGGUCACUCGCCCACCAAGCCUUUGUUCAAAAUGGUGCCGUUUUUGCUGACCGUCCCCCAGCUUUACCUAUAGCCAAAAUUAUCAAUAGCAAUCAGCAUAAUAUUAACUCUGCUUCCUAUGGCCCUACUUGGCGUCUUUUCCGGCGAAAUCUCACCGCCGGAGUUCUUCACCCAUCGCGUGUCAAAUCCUAUAGAAACGCGCGCGAAUGGGUCCUUCAAAUCCUUCGGAACCGUAUUGAAUCGCAAGCAAAAUCUGGUUCUCCUGUUUCCGUGGUAGACCAUUUUCAAUUUUCCAUGUUUGCUCUGUUAGUUCUCAUAUGUUUUGGAGACAAGCUCGACGAAACCCAAAUCAAACAAAUCGAAGAAGUUCAACGGCAAAUACUUUUAACAUUUGGCAAGUUUAGUUCACUAAAUUUCUGGCCAAGAUUGAGUAAGAUUUUCAUGCGCAGACGCUGGGAAGAGCUCUUUCAGAUUUGUAGUAAACAGAGAGAGAUUUUGAUUCCAUUGGUUAGAGCUCGAAAGGAGUUAAAGGAGACGAGAAUAAACAAAACGGACCAGCAAGACGACAUCAUCGUAUCGUAUGUUGAUACUUUGUUGAAUUUGGAACUUCCUGAUGAGAAAAGAAAGCUUGAAGAAGGAGAAAUUAUUAGUUAUGCUCCUGAGCUUCUUAACGGAGGCACUGGAUACUACUUCAACAAGCUUUGCAAUGGAUAAGUGGCAAAAUUUGGUAAAAAUACCCAGAAAUUCAAGAGAAGCUCUUUAUGGAGAUCAAAAGGUGUUAUAAAGCAAUGGAGAAGAAGAAGAAGUGGAAAGAAGAGGAUUGCA